AUGAGUAUUUAUCAAAGAUACGCUUCAGGGGCUCACGAUAGAGCUUUCUUCAAUAAUUCUAAAGCCUCUCAUAGAAUAAUAAGCAUAGAUAAUCUGACCAAACCACAUGCCGAUGAUAACAAUAGUGAUUAUAAUUCUAAAGAUGAUAAAGAUAACGAUGAUGAACAAGAAUCUGUUGGCUUUAUUCAACUUAAUCCUUUAUCCGGACAAUUUGAUCCCCAUAAUGAGAGCAUUUUUUCAAUCUCUUCCAAUUCAAUAACAGAAUGGUUAUCUAUUUUUCCUAAUGCUGCAUAUUUCACCGGCUAUGAUGAAAGUCUUUUUGAACAUAUAGUAAUUAUUGUGUAUGAAAAUCUAAAAAGCGGAAAAAUUAGUACAUUAUCAAUAACAAAAUUUGGAGUGGUGUCCUACGAUAAUUUAAUUUUAGAUUCAAGAUCAAGGUUUUGGCCAAGUUGUGAAAAUCUCUUGCCUGAACAUCAAAAAUCAAACGUUAGAAGGGCUCUAGCAAUAACUAAUUUGAAAAAUUAUAAUAGAUUAUCAAACCAUCCUGGUCAAUUCGUUGUUAAUAAACAUUGGGACGAAACGACUGCCGGUUCAAUUGCUAAUAACAUGAAUUUAUUGGUUGAUAAAAAACCAGAUGAAUUAGGUGUCAAACUAUUACAACUCGGUUUAUUGCAACAACAUACCAUUCAAUCAACUAUACUUGAUGUCAUUUAUGAUAAUUCUUCCUCCACAGCUAGUUCUAAAAUUGUAGAGGAAAACAAUAAACUUGUAUUUUUAUUGGGGGCUCAACUUGACCAAUUAUUUGAUCCGUUACUUGAAUAUUCUCCAGAACAUAUGGAUAUUGUUUACAUUCCUCCUUCCUCUGAUGAGUUUGAACGUCCACAGUUCGAAUCCAAUACUUUAAUUGAUUCAAUAGUGGGUGAAAUAAUCAAUGUCCAAACAAAUUAUACCAUGGGUCUUGUUAACUUAUUACAAAAUUUUAUCAUACCUUUGAGAGUUUUCGUACUUGCAUCAACUCCUGGCUCAGGAAUUACCAAGGUAAAUCAAGUUUUUCCUCCAACUAUAGAUGAAAUUACAAGAAUUAACUGUAUUCUACAUGAAAAUUUGGAAAAAACUUCAAAAUUGGGUUACGUCGAAGUUUUUAAAGUUUUGGGAAUGACUUUACCUUAUUUUUAUAAAGCCUUUAUUAGACAUGAAGCUAAUUUGAAAAAUUUUCAAAAUCGAUUGAAUAAAUUUGCUAAAAAAAAUAGUAGAAGAAUUUUUGAAAAUAAUGAUAUAAAUAAAGGUGGAUUUUCAAUGAGUGAAAUCGAAUCAAUUGUUUCCGGAUCACUCUUAGAAUUACCACGCUUGAAACUAAUUUUAAGGAGAUUAUAUGAUACUGUUGCCAUAGAGAAAUCUAAAUUGACGAAUUUCGAUGGUUCAAUUGAUGAAGAUCCUGAAAUGACGAUAAUUGAAAGUUAUUAUAAAUCUGCAAUUGAAACAAUUGAUGCAUUUGGUUAUGUUGAAGUCGAUGAAGAAUCAAAAGGUAAUCAUAACCGUAUCUUUACUCCAACUGGGAAACUCCUUACAGAAUUAGCAUCCAAUUGGCCUGCUGAAUUACAAUACGGCUGGUUGUCUCGUAAAGUUGUUGGUAUAUUUGAAUUAGCCAAUGUCAAAGAAGAAGUAGACGAAUUUCAUAAUAUUGAUAUUAUGAUUAUCUUUUCAGAUCAUAUUUUGUUCUUGAAUAUUGUUGAUCACGAUUAUUAUAACAAUGUGAAAUCAAGCAAUAAGCCCUUCAAAAAAUUAUCACUUGCUGAUGUUCUCAUGCACUCUCUUGUUAAUGAAAAGCCUUUGCCUUCCUUAUCACAAUUUCCAUCAAUGAAAGUUAAGUUUUGGUGUGGUAUCAAUGAUGUUAUUGCUAGCACUUACAAAAGCUAUUCACCUAGAACUUCAUCAGAAGAAGAAUAUAUAAGAUUCAUGAACGUAUCUAAAAUUGGCUUUAGAUCUACUAAUUUGAACAAUCGUACUUAUACACAAUAUUAUCAGGUUUUGAAACAAGAUAAUACAAAUCCAGAUAGUAAUAAAAUCAUUGAAUUAAUUAACAAAUCUAAAGUUUUACAUAAAACUCAACCAUUUCAUUUAUUCAAGUCCUAUGAUGCCAAUUUACAUAUUUACUCGACUGCUCAUGACAAGUCCACUUAUGAAGAGGAAAAAAGCAAGUCACCGUUUGCUUUAUUCCUUAAUGAAACAAUAAAGGAUCCAGCUAAGUACUUUGAAGAAAAUCCUCAAAUUUACUUAGUCUUAUGUGCUUCAUUUAUCAACGAUUUUAAAAUUGAAAUUGUUGGGUUCAAUAAAACUAAUAAUUUCACCAUUCAUGAGAUUAUCUUCUCGGAAGAUCUUCUCAAAUGCUUGAAAGAGAUUUUAGCUAAAAACUAUUUCUUUUUAUUUACUUCUUACAAUGCCAUUACUGAAAUCCUAACACAAGGUUAUAAGAGUGACUUGUCGUAUUAUUCUAAUAUUUUUUCGAAGACCAACCAACAAAAA